AUGUCAGUUAGAGAUAGAAAGAUUAUAGUGCUGGGGUCUAGGAAUGUGGGGAAGACGACAUUAUUAGUGCAGCUUACGGAAUCGCACUUUGUAGAGUCGUAUUAUCCGACGAUUGAGAACCAGUUUAUUCACGAGUUUGUGUUGAAGAAGCCCAAUGGGACGGAGUUGAAGUUCAACUUGGACAUUGUAGAUACUUCUGGGCAGGAUGAGUUUUCUAUGAUAAAUGCGAAGUCAAUGCUUGGGGUUGCCGGGUGCAUAUUGAUGUAUAGCGUUGCGAACAGACACAGUUUUGAGAUUUUGGAGUUGAUACGGGACAAGAUGCUUGACAUGUUGGGGCUCAGAGAGCUACCCAUAGUGCUUGUGGGGAACAAGAUCGAUCUUGAGAGACAGGUGAGUUAUCAAGAGGGGGAGGAGCUUGCAAAACGGUUGAAGUGCGGGUUCGUAGAAAUUUGUGUAAAACAGGGUUCUGGGAUCGAGAUGCCGUUCAAGACUCUAAUACAGAAGAUCGAGGGUUUUGAAGAUGGGUCUUCGAGAAGCGAGGAAGGUGGUUCUGAGGGAUGUAUAGUGAUGUAA